AUGUCUACAUACGCAGAACAAAAACUUUACUAUGAUGGCAAAGUUCAACAAGCUACCUCUAAAGAAACAUUUACCACAGUCAACCCCGCCACAGGAAAACCUCUAGCAAAUGUACAAAAAGCAUCACCAUCAGAUAUCGAUUCCGCUGUAGCUUCGGCCCAAAAAGCAUUUCCAUCAUGGUCACAGACACCACCAAUGAUCCGCUCCCGAAUCCUUCUUAAAGCCGUCCAGAUACUUCGCGAACGAAAUGACGAAAUAGCCAAGGUGGAAACACACGAUACGGGCAAGGCAUAUUCGGAAACCAGCGCUGUCGAUGUCGUUACUGGAGCAGAUGUGUUAGAAUACUUUGCGAACCUAGUUGCAAGUGGAGGAAUGAAUGGAGAAACUACACAAUUGAGACCAGAUGCAUGGAUAUAUACCAAAAAGGAAGCUUUGGGUGUAUGCGCCGGUAUUGGAGCUUGGAACUACCCUAUUCAAAUUGCUUUAUGGAAAUCAGCGCCUUGCUUGGCAGCCGGAAAUUGUAUGGUCUAUAAGCCAUCCGAAGUAACUCCAUUGCAUGGCCAAAUUCUCGCACAAGUGUAUGCAGAAGCUGGACUUCCCCCGGGGGUUUUCAAUAUCGUGCAUGGAGAUGGAUCAGUAGGAGGGUAUUUGACCACCCAUCCAGGUAUUGCCAAAGUAAGUUUCACAGGUCAAGUCUCAACUGGUCAAAAGGUGGCUGCUGCUGCAGCUGGUGGCAUGAAAUAUGUUACCAUGGAGUUGGGCGGUAAAAGUCCUCUCAUUAUCCUUCCAGAUACCGAUCUUGAAAAUGCUGUUGAUGGAGCGAUGAUGGCCAACUUUUAUUCCACCGGACAAGUCUGCACAAACGGAACUAGAGUUUUUGUACACGAAAGUAUGAAAUCAGCAUUCGAAAAACGUCUUCUCGAAAAGAUGGAAUAUAUUAGAGCCUUGGAGCCAAUGGAUGCCAAUAGUAAUUUUGGUCCCCUCGUUUCAGAGAUCCAUCAAAAGAAAGUCCUCAACUAUAUCCAACAAGGAAUUGAAAACGAUAAAGCAAAACUCCUCUAUGGUGGCCCAGAAAAGCCAACCGACAUUCCUAGCGGUCACGAAUCAGGCUUUUGGGUUCGCCCUACCGUCUUUACAGAUUGUACGGAUGACAUGCUUAUCACCCGGGAAGAGAUUUUCGGUCCAGUUCUCUGCAUUCUUACAUAUUCUACCACAGAAGAAGUUAUCCGUCGCGCCAACGACACAAAAUUAGGAUUGGCAGCCGGUGUCUUCGGAAAGAAUAUAAACGAAUGUCAUGAAGUGAUUGGAAAGAUAGAAGCAGGUAUAACAUGGAUUAAUACAUGGGGAGAAAGUCCUGCGGAGAUGAGUGUAGGAGGUUGGAAGAUGAGUGGAGUGGGAGUGGAAAAUGGUAGGAGGGGAUUGAAUGCUUGGGUUAGGGAAAGAAGCACUUUGGUACAAAAUGGUGGAGGAGAGGUGGGAAGCGUUUUUUGUAAAUUUAGAAUUCCUAGGAGAUAG